UCAGAUAGGAUUUUUUAAUUUUUGCUUUUUUUUUUUUCUGGGUCACACCCAGUGAUGCGCAGGGAUUAUUCCUGGCUCAAGCUCUCCGAAAUUACUCCUGGCGGUGCUCAGGGGACCAUAUGGGAUGCUGGGAAUCGAACCCGGGUCGGCAGCGUGCAAGAUGACUUUGGAAAUUUCACUGUUGAUUAUUCCAUGUUUGAUUCAGAAGACAGGCAGAACCAGUUGGAGAAGGCAGUCACGGAAGCAGUGGAGACAACCAUUAGUCACGGAACAGAACAAGGAGAACAUCACAAGGCUGUAACAGUGAAGCCCAUGACAGUGGGACCACAGAGUCCAGAUCUGACGGAUGCUGUAUCGGGUCUUCAGAAUCCGGUUCCUCUCCUCCUGUCCUGGGCCCUCGUGCAGGGGAUGAUGUAUUUCACGUAGAAGGAGACAAGGCUGCUACCACUUUUUAGGUGGAAAGAAGAGAUUGGAAGAGAAAAUAAUGUUUAGAAUUUGGAGAAAUAGGCGCUUACCUUGCAGGGGGCCAAUCUGGGUUCAAAUCCCCAAAACUACCUAUGGUCCUUUGUGCAUCACUAAGAGUGAUCCCUGAGCACAAAGCCGAGAAUAAGCCCUAAUCACCACCAGAUGUGCCCCCAGAA